GUACAAAGCACGCCAAGUUCUGGCCACAGGUUCGCUGCUUUUGGACGGCCCUGGGCCUGGUGCUGAGGGUGUUGCAGGCCAUGGCCGGCUGGGUUUGGGACCUAUCCGACGAGCGCAACUCUUCGAGACUUGUGAAGACACCAGCAGGCUGGGGCAGCUCUACGCCGCUUUUUCAAUGGAGCGCGCUGCUUCCGCCGGACAGAACGCGCGGCAGCCCUUCGUGACCCUGGCAUUCGGAGCAGGUGAUGGUCCUCAGAGAAGCAUCCGAGACGAGAGGCUGUUUGGACAGCUUGGUUUGGGCCUAGCAUUGCUGGGAGCGCCUGGCAACGUGGUGAAGGAGUCCAUGGACGGAAGGGCAGAGACCGACAACCCUGAGCCCAUUCCUCACGCGCCGACUCUGAUUCACAGACAGGCAGCAGGUUUGCUAAUGCUCUACUCCAACUAGUUACAUCUAGUUAGUUGCACCGCAUUGAAAAAGUUGCAAGUGCUCCAGGCCCUGCAGGCUAUCGGAAAA